GCAGAAUCAGACCUGAAGGGACAAGAGACACUCUCACACUAGAGAGAGAGAGAGAGAGAGAGAGAAAAUGAUCUGGAAGUGGAAUAAACAGCGACUGACAAAAUACUGCAUACAGCAUGGACUCUGAAUCUCUGGACCGGUGCAUCCAGACCGCUCUAUCAGCCCUCUACCCGCCCUUCCAGGCCACGUCCCCGACUGUCCUCUGCCAGGUCCUCAGCGUGGUGGAGAGCUGCUACAGAGGAGACGGUCUUCGUUACCUGAUCCAGUUCCUCCUGCCAGCAAAACAAUUCUUAGUGAACCUCCAGCAAGAUGCUUGUUUGCAGUACUGUGGUUUGCUGUUUCGUCAUGAGGGGUGGCCUCUGUGCGUCCAUGAGAAGGUAGUGGUUCAGCUCUGUCCUCUGGACCAGCGCCUCCUCCAUCCAGGAGACUUUUACCUACUGGUUUCUCCUCCUGCUGCUGGUCCUCUUCCUUCUCGAACACACGGGGCCUCCUGCAGGAGCGCUGUUACCUCCUGCCCCCGCCUGCUCCUGUGCAGCGUGUCAGCCGGCAGCCGUCAUGUGGAGCAGCAGGAGGUGUCGGAGAUAGCCCUGCGGUCCCUCUUCAGCAUGGCCUGGCUGGACUCCGUCAACAGGGAGAGGGAGCGCCGAGGAGCAUCCAGGCUGGAGCGCUGCCUCCUCUCUGCCCGCGGUGAUGUCUUCAGGGUCCCCUGGGAGGAUCUGGUCUACCCGCAGUUCAUCAGCCAGCCCCGGACCUCCCUGAAGGAGGACAAGGAUUCUCUUAGGGAUGGGGAUGUGUUAAUUAAUACAUCGCACAAUCCCUGCAGAGACUCUACAACCUCAACCCAUGACGAAAAGCUUUCCCCACCCUCCACAAAUACUGACCAAUCACCAGUGAGCAGCGAGGAGGACUCGGAGGGCGAGUACGUGGAGCUGACCGAGCUCCCGCUGCCUCGCUUCUCCCCCCAGAAAGGCUCCUUAACCCAGUCCAUCAGUCUGCAGCACCGAGCCAGGACCAGCACGCACACCGCUGCACACCCCCCCAAAACCACAGACACACACACACCAACUGACUCUACCACACACACCCCCAGAACCACUGACGCACACACACCAACUGACUCUACCACACACACUCCCAAAACCACUCACGCACACACACCAACUGACUCUACCACACACACCCCCAGAACCACUGACGCACACACACCAACUGACUCUACCACACACACCCCCAGAACCACUGACGCACACACACCAACUGACUCUACCACACACACCCCCAGAACCACUGACGCACACACACCAACUGACUCUACCACACACACUCCCAAAACCACAGGCACACACGCGGCCGGUACCACACACUCCUCCUUGCCCUGUGUGGAGGUCGGGCUUUGCUCCAGCCUCUCUGAGGAGAACCUCAAUCCUGACUGCUGUACACCUGUCAUCCUCACUCCCAUCUCACCUGCCUCCUCCACUUCCUCCUCCUCCUCUGCUCCUGUGGUGGGGGCCUCCAGCUGUCAGAUGGAGCAAAUAGAAGGUGAUUCAGGCAGGAGUCUGAAGCCAAACACUGAACCUGCUGACUGCACAGAACAGAGAGAUGAGGUGGAGGAGGAGGAGGAGGAGCGAGGGAAAGAGAGGGAGGAGGGAGAGGUGAAGCAGAAAGGGAAACAUGAAAUGGUAGUGUCAGAUGAUGAAGGUGAAGGGAAGGAGUGUAGAAGGGAUGAAGAUUUGCUUCUGCACACACACACUGCUGAGGAGCGAGGAGAAAGGAAGGAGGAGGAUGAAAGUGAAGAGACGGAGGGAGAGUUAGAUGAAGAGGGAGACGAUGAGUUAGAGGAGGUGGAGGUAGAAGAGGAGGUUCAGGUUAUAAUUGUACAGCAGAGUCAGGAAAGAAGACAGGAGGAGCAAGUGAUGAAAGAUGAUGAGAGAGGAGGAGAAGAAGAGAAGGAGCAGGAAGAGAGAGGAGGUGAACAGACACACACACAGGAGAAAGCUGAGUCAUGUACAAACACACACACCGAGGACACACUACAGACACACAGCGAGGAGUGUGAGGAGUCCAGCAUGAUCCAGGAUCCAGACGCACUGUGGACUGAACCUGAGGAGGCUGAAAAUGGACAGGAGAAGCAGAGGGAGGAGGAGGAGUGUAGCUGUGAGGAGGUUGGUGGAGGAAGAACUGCAGAGCUUCAGACUGAAGGCCUCAGCACUGAGCUGCCUCCUGUCCAGUCACAUGUCAGGCUGUCUACUGGUCCCGGUCCAGCAGAACCCGAAGUACCAGCGGCAUUUCCACAGCUGGAGCGGCUCCAGUCAUCCCAGUCCCACCGGUCCAGCUUCUACGGUGUGCUGCUGAGCUCUGGAGCUCUCUGUCUGCCAGGAACCAGAGACAGAGCUGGACGACCUCUGCUGACGGUCUGCACCAGGAACGUCGUGUGGUCAAACCCCGACUGCGACAGUGCAGAGCUGCUCCGCCUGCUGCUCUACUACACCUCCACCCUCAGGAAGGAGGUGCGAGCGUUGGGGCUGACGGUGCUGGUGGACGCCCGGGGUGCUGCUCCCGUUCCCUCCCUGUUCUCCGCCCUCAGGUCCCUGCAGGAAAACAUACCAGGCUCCAUCCACACAGUCUUACUGCUGGUCAACAAGGACUCGUCUCUACGUGUGGACAAACCUGCAGCCACACAGGUGGAGCUGCUGAACUCUCUGAAGGCUCUUCAGAAGCAGGUGGAGCUGCAGCAGCUUCCUGUUCAGGUCGGGGGAUGCGUGAGCUUCAGUCAGAGCAGCUGGCUCAGCUUCCGAUGGAGGGUGGAGCAGCUGACCAGACAGUGUGAGAACGUCAUCAACCUGCUGCAGAAAACCAUCAACAUCCUGCAGGCCACACCUCUACCUGCUGCAGCUCAGGAUGCCGAGCUGCUGUUGUCCAGGUACAAGGCGGUGAUGCGUAGCAUCCUUGAAGACAGCCGAUUGGUGCAGUUACAGCAGGAGGGCGGAGCCUCGCUGUCGCGCCUCCGCAGGGAGGAGAGCGGCUUCGGCGUGACCGAGGACCACCGGGCGGCAGUGGAGACGGUGUCGGCUCUGUACGACGAGGUGGACGAGCUGCUGCACCGCCUGGUGACGCUGUCCAACUCCAGGACUCAGGAGCUGCACUUCAUCCUGGAGUUCAGGAGCCUGGAGCAGGGCUUCACCGAGGUGAGCUCAUGGCUGCAGGACGUCGGGGAGGUUCGUCUGAAGACGCUGGACGAGCCGGUGGACUCUCUGGAGCUGCUGGACCAAAAACAAGUGGACUUCAGAGACUUCCACAAGACUGCAUAUGAGCACUGUAGACGAGGCGAGGCAUUGUUGAGUCGUCUGGAGCGUUGGGGCGACAUGUCGUCAGCUGACCUCCACGUCUAUGAGGUCAAAGUUCAUUCUUUCUGGGCUCGGCUCCAGGAUUUCUCUCAGCGGGUCAAAACCACGGGCCAGAACAUCGAGCGGGCCGUCCGACUCUACACCUUCUUAGACCAGGCCUAUGGCUGGGCUUUAGAGGGCAUGCGUCACCUAGCUUGUAUCAGCAUGGAGGAAUGUACGCUGCCAGACAAAUGCCAGGUUGUGAUUGGCUGCCUGGAGGACUACCACCGCCAGCACCCACCGAUCCCAGAUGAUCGUUUUCAGGAGAUGAAGGCGGCAGCAGGUGAGCUGAGGGGCGAGCGAGGCCUCCGUCAGUGGAGCUUUGCCUGGUCCAAGUGUCAGGAGACCAAGAAGAUGUUUGACAGGAAGAUGGAGGCGGCGCUCAGGACACGAGACUCCGCCCACAGGCCACGCUCAGACUCUGCCCUCAGCAGAAGCUCCGCCUCCUCCAGAAAAAGUCUGUCUGGACUUUGGGGAGUGCACGAGACUUCCUCCUCCUCCACCUGCCUCCCAGAGGAGGACAACAACACCUUCUCCUCCCUGUUACCCAUCACCUCCACCCCUGCUCCCACCUCCUCCCCUCUCACCCCCCAGCACACCCCACUCCUCAAGCGUUUGUUCCGCAGCGCCUCUUCAGAGGAGCCUUCGGGCCGGGUGGAUAUCUGCUCCUCCAGUCCCAGCCUGCCCCGGCCCGGCUCCUCUGCCAGCUUCACCCCCUCCCCGGCCUGCUCCUUCUCUUCCUCCAGUAGGCGGCAGCAGCUCAGGAAGACUCAGAGCUUUGACUGUCCCUCCACCCCUGAGGUGUCUCGGUACGGACCUUGUCCCCGCGCUCUCAGCGAACCGGUGCACAGAGGAAACACAGGCGUGUUCAUCCGCGGCCUGGAGGUCAGCAGCACCGAGGCGGCCGACCACACGCUCUGUCCCAGGACGGCCACUCACGGCCGGGCAGGACCCGGUCUGCGCAGCCCCGGGACGCCUGGCACCCCCAGAACUACCAGCAGCCCGGCAACAGACUCCCGACCCAGAGGAAGUAAGCUGCGUCACGUUGUGGAGGAGAUGGUGACCACGGAGAGGGAGUACGUUCGCUCUCUGCGUUACAUCAUCCAUCACUACUUCCCAGAGAUGGACCGAGCCGACCUUCCUCAGGACCUGAGGGGGAAACGCUCCGUCGUCUUCGGAAACCUGGAGAAGCUUCUGGACUUCCACAGUCAGUUCUUCCUGAGAGAGCUGGAGGCCUGCUGGAAACACCCGCUCAGAGUGCCACACUGCUUCCUGCGACAUCAGGAGCAGUUCAGUCUGUAUGCUCUGUACAGCAAGAACAAACCCAAGUCUGACGCUCUGCUGGCAAACCACGGGAACUCCUUCUUCAGGAGGAAGCAGAUGGAGUUGGGAGAUAAGAUGGAUCUGUCAUCUUACCUGUUGAAACCUGUUCAGAGGAUGAGUAAAUAUGCUCUGUUGCUCACUGACCUCAUGAAGGAGGUGGGUGCGGCUCAGGAGGCGGAGCUUGUGGCACUACAGGCCGCCACCAACAUGGUCAAGUUCCAGCUUCGCCACGGAAACGACCUGCUGGCGAUGGAUGCCAUCCGAGACUGUGACGUGAACCUGAAGGAGCAGGGUCAGCUGAUCCGACAGGACGAGUUCACUGUCUGGACCGGUAGGAGGAAAUGUCAGCGUCACGUCUUCCUGUUUGAGGAGCUCGUCCUCUUCAGUAAACCCAAGAAGAUGGAGGCAGGGCUGGACGUCUUCAUCUACAAACACUCCUUCAAGACAGCUGAUGUGGGUCUGACAGAGUCCACAGGAGACAACGGGCUGCGGUUUGAGAUCUGGUUCCGAAGGAGGACGUCCAAGAAUCAGACCUUCAUCCUUCAGGCCACCACGCUGGAUGUCAAACAGGCCUGGACCACCGACAUCGCCCGAAUUCUGUGGACCCAGGCCACCAGGAACAAAGAGAUGCGUCUGAAGGAGAUGGUGUCGAUGGGAGUGGGCAACAAACCGUUUCUGGACAUCCAGCCGAGCGAUGCGGCGAUCAGCGACCGAGCGGUUCACUGCAUCAUGAAGAGCAGAGGUGCCAGAACACGGGCGUCCAUUGCUGUCUCUGUCCUCGAUCAGUCUAACCCAUUUAAACGAGGAGCGGUGACCUCUGACCCCACGACAUUAGGGUCUUCUUCAUCCAGCUUGCUGGGACCGCUCAACCUGCACCUGUACAGUCAAAGCCUCCCCUCCUCUCCUGCUGCUGAAAGCUCCUUCAUCACUUCCUGCAUUGAGGAAGACGAGCAGGAGCACGAGACCAGCAGCCAGCCCUCCAUGACCACAGAGAGUUCAGGCUCAUCGUCUCGCUGUCUCUCCGGCUCCACCGGCUCCGACAGCGGCUGCGUCUCCUCCCACCUCCAGGAGGCGCUGCCCGAGGAGCCAAAUCCCCCCAGCCAGCCCUCCUCUUCCUCCUCCUCCUCUUCUUCCUCCAACAAACAGCACCUCAACAGCCAUUACAGUUCACCUGAAGCAGCUGCAGUCCUGAGCCCGGCCACCAUCGUGUGAACCUGAAGGACGGACUGUAGCCUGUCUGUCUGCGUCCUGCUGCAGUCUGGAGUUUUUUACUUUCGUGCUGGUCCGUUAGCUGCCGCCGUCGCUGCAGUCGACUUUGUUCUGUGAAGAACUGUUAGACUUGAUAAAGUUGUGUAGUUUGACUCCUCACAGCUGCUGUUUGUUCUCCUCUUGUUGUCUCUUCAGUCUGUGAGGAGGACAGUCUGUGUCUGAGCUGGUCUGGGAUCAGCUCGACUCACUGUACAUGUGUGUAAAUAAAGCCGCAGCUGAGCGUCUGCCGUCGUUUUUCUUAUCUGAAUAAUAAACAUGAGUUUGUUGAAAACUGA